ACGAGGCUAUAACAAAAGUAUUCUUCCUUUCCGUUCCUUUCAUUGAAAAGUGGUGUUGUUGUUGAUCGGCGGCAUACCGCAAGUUUUAUGUCGGUUAUACAAUUACAGUCGUUUUAGUAACUUGAAACCAUGUACCAAAGGCCAGUUCUUCAAGGCUCUCCAGCACCUCAGUCAAUGAAUGCCCAGUGGCCAGGAAGAAUGACAAUGCCAAACCCCGGCUCAGCUGCAAGAGGGCAAGCAGGAGGAACUCCAGAGGGAGCCAAAAGAUCUUUGGAUCCAAAGUCAUCUUCAAGAUCUAAAAGUGCAAGUAAAAAGAAGAAAGUGAAAGAUAAAGUUAUCACUCAGCAGGUUGUUGAAUUAGUUCCAGAGUCACAGGCCUACAUGGAUUUGCUAGCCUUUGAAAAUAAAUUGGAUGCAACAAUUAUGAGAAAAAGAUUAGAUAUUCAGGAGGCAUUGAAGCGCCCAAUCAAACAAAAACGCAAGCUUAGAGUGUACAUAUCUACAAAUCUUUAUUCUCCAAAACCGGAUGAGGCAGAUGAAAAUUCUGCUGUCCCUCAGUGGGAAAUCCGAGUUGAAGGGAAGUUGCUAGAAGACCCUGCUGGACCAAAGGACAUCGCACCCAAACAAAAGAGAAAGUUCUCUUCAUUUUUCAAGAACCUGGUCAUAGAGCUCGAUAGGGAGCUGUAUGGACCUGACAAUCAUCUUGUCGAGUGGCAUAGAACGGCAACAACGCAAGAGACGGACGGAUUCCAGGUCAAGAGGCCAAUAGUUGGUGACAAGGAAGUCAAAUGUACCAUCUUUUUGCUGCUUGACUAUCAGCCCCCUCAGUUCAAGCUUGAUGAAAGACUGGGGCGUGUUCUUGGCAUUCAUACCCAAACUCGACCAGUGAUUGUCAAUGCGCUGUGGCAGUAUGUGAAGAACAACAACCUACAAGACUCAAAUGAAAGAGAAUACAUUAAUAACGAUAAAUAUUUGCGUCAGAUAUUCGAGUGCGAGAGGAUGAAGUUUUGUGAAAUUCCUCAAAGGCUUCAAAAGCUCCUGCAUCCCCCAGACCCAAUCAUUAUACAGCACAACAUCAAAAUCGUUGGGCAAGAUGGGAAAAAAGCCACUUGCUACAACAUCGAUGUUGAAAUCGAUGAUUCACUGCGAGAGAUGAUGCAAUCUUUUCUACUGUCUACCGCUAGCCAGCAGGAGAUAUCUGCGCUUGAUGGAAAGAUUCAUGAAACUGUUGAGGGAAUCAAUCAGCUGAAAGUGCAGAGAGAUUUCUUUUUAUCGUUUGCCAAUGACCCCCAGAAAUUCAUCAAUGACUGGCUUUAUUCUCAAAGCAAAGAUUUAAAGACGAUGACUGAUGUAUCUGGGAAUGCGGAGGAGGAAAGACGUUCUGAGUUUUUUAAUCAGCCGUGGACUCAGGAAGCGGUUCAUCGAUAUUUCUACAAACAGGUACAACAGAAGAGGGCCGAAUUGGAACAAGCUCUGGGAAUUCGAAGCUCGUCCUGAGACAUAAAGUGACUGGCUAACUAACCUACCCCUUUCGUUGUACAAGACCAUCCGUAUCAAACAUUUGCUUGCAAAAGCUUUUCUCUGUAAAAAUGUAGAAGUCAUUGCAAGCCUGAUCGUUCAAAUGGUUUCUUUCAAAUGUUAUUGGUACACCACACACAGCAAAGGUGCAGAUUGGACUGUAUGAGAUUUUGCUAGGAGAAAAAUCUUAGAUUUAAGAAAAGUUUUUUGAAUAGUUUGACUUUCUGUAGCUUAAAUCUAGACGAACCCUCGAUCUUCAUUGGCAAAAAAAUGAAAGUUUC